AUGUGUAUUGUGGAUCUUAGUGUCCCGUUUUAUAAGAAUUCGGUUUGGCCUUCUAUUAUUAAGACCAUUUUAGGUCUUAAAGAUAAAGGGGUGGAUAUUUUGGCUCAAUGUAAAAAGAAGUCUUUUCAAUGGAGACCUUUGUGUGGAGUCGAGAGUAAACAAGAAGGUGUACUCGGUUCUCUUUUGCUUUCAGUUUCUUUGACACCUAUGGAGGAUAGAUUGAUGUGGACUUUGAGUAGCUUAGGUGAUUUCUCAAUUGGUUCUGUUGGCACCUUAGUAAAUAGUUGCACCUUACUUUUGACCGAUAUUGCUACUCAGUGGGUUUCCUUACUUCCGAUCAAAGUUAGUAUAUUUGCUUGGAAAUUGGUGUUGGAUAGGUUGCCUACUCGGUUGAAUAUCUCGAGAGGAGGUCUUGAUAUCUCAUCUUUACUUUGCCCAAUUUAUAACAGUGGUGUGGAUUCUAUCAACCAUUUAUUCUUCUCGUGUCUUGUAGCUCUUAUGCUUUUGGAGAAAACUUUGGAAUGGUGGGGGUUGAAUUGCCUUGUUAUUUCUUCGUAUGUUGAGUGGGUUCUUUGGUUUAUUAUUUCUUCGUAUGUUGAAUGA